CUCAUUCUGAGAGAGAGAGAGAGAGAGAGAGAGAGAGAGAGAGAACUCGGUCGCGCCGCGUGCGUGCAUGGCAGGGACGAGGGGGAGGUGGUGGUGGUACGUAGGUCCCAAUCCCUCCUCCUCUCGCCAUUAAUCUCAUCUCAUAUCAUAUCACAUGAGGAAGCUAUGUCCCAACUUCGACCGCGAGGACGGCCUCGACACCGUCCUCGAGGUCCCCAUCCCCGACGAGAUGUUCGCCGCCGCCGCAGCCUCCGGCGGGGGCGGCGGCUGCGGCGGCGAACGCGGCGCGCGGUCGCUGCAGAAUCUGAGGGCGUGGCUCAAGGCGCAGGCGUUCGACAGGGCCUCCGUUGCCGACGGCGGCUGCGGCGGUGGCGGUGGCGGAGGCAACGGCGUCCAGAUCUCGGGCCGCACCGCCGAGCUGCAGCUGCUCCUUAACGUCGUCGGCUCGCCGCUCAUUCCCUGCCCCGUCCCCCACGACCGCGCCUUCAGCCGCUCCAUCCGCGACUGCUCCAUCCAAGCAUCGACGGCGAAGUACAUAAUCCAGCAGUACAUCGCGGCGACGGGGGGCCAGGCGGCGCUGCAGGCGGCGACCAGCAUGUACGCCGUGGGGAAGGUGCGGAUGUGCGCGUCGGAGUUCCACGUUGGCGACGAGAACUCGCCGCAGCAGCCGGCCGCCGCCGGCAAGCUGGGCGGCGGCGAGAUCGGCGGCUACGUGCUGUGGCAGAAGAGCCCCGAGCUGUGGUACUUCGAGCUCAUCAUGGCCGGAUACAAGAUGAGCGCCGGCUGCGACGGCAAGCUCGCCUGGCGCCAAUCCGCCUUGGAGCAAUCGCACGCCUCCCGCGGCCCUCCCCGCCCCCUCCGUCGCUCCCUCCAGGGGUUGGACCCGCGUUCGACGGCGAACCUCUUCUCGGACGCGGUGUGCAUCGGGGAGCGGAUCACGAGCGGGGAGGAGUGCUUCAUCCUGAAGCUGGAGGCAAACCCGGCGACGCUGAAGGCGCGGAGCGCGGCGGCCUUCGACAUCAUACACCACACGAUAUGGGGGUACUUCAGCCAGCGCACGGGGCUGCUGAUCCAGCUGGAGGACUCGCACCUCCUGCGCAUGAAAUCGGGGCACCGCCGGCGCGGCGAGAGCAUCUUCUGGGAGACGUCGAUGGAGUCGACGAUCCAGGACUACCGCUACGUGGGCGGCGUCAACAUCGCGCACGCCGGGCGCACGAACAUCACGCUGUUCCGGUACGGCGAGGGGUCCGUCAACCACAAGCGCAAGAUGGAGGAGACGUGGACGAUCGAGGAGGUCGACUUCGACGUCUGGGGGCUGACUGCCGACUACUUCCUGCCGCCGGCAGACCUCAAGAAGGAGCAGGAUGGCAAUGCCGACGAUCAGCAGUAGCACCUGCAGGCCUGCAGCAGCAAUCUAGGGACCUGUUUUGUUUAACCGGUAGAGCUUAUGUUAUUGUAUGAUUUUUUUUUUCUUUUCUUUUUUCUGUUCUUUGAGAUUGAUUAAUUCUUUUGAGUGGAAUUGAGAGGGAAAGUUAAAAGAGUUUUGAAGAGAAUGAAUUACA